GCUUGCCUCCCCUGCAUGGGGCCCUGCAGCAAUCCACGCCAGGGGCUUCCUGGGUCGGAGUCGUCAUCUCAGCCCCCCAAGAGGAGGAAGAAGAGAUACCUGCGUCAUGACAAGCCCCCCUACACCUACUUGGCCAUGAUUGCCUUGGUGAUCCAGGCUGCACCCUCCCGCAGGCUGAAGCUGGCCCAGAUCAUCCGUCAGGUCCAGGCCGCAUUCCCCUUCUUCAGGGACGACUACGAGGGCUGGAAGGAUUCAAUCCGCCACAAUCUCUCCUCCAACCGAUGCUUCCGCAAGGUGCCUAAAGAUCCUUCGAAACCCCAGGCCAAGGGCAACUUCUGGGCAGUCGACGUGAGCCUGAUCCCGGCCGAGGCGCUGCGGCUGCAGAACACGGCCCUCUGCCGGCGCUGGCAGAGCAAGGGAGUGCGGGGAGCCUUCGCCAAGGACCUGGGCCCCUAUGUGCUGCAUGGCUGGCCCUACCGGCCGCCCAGUCCCCAGCCCCAGCCCAGUCCUCAGCAGGCGCCCAGUGAAGGCUUCAGCAUAAAGUCUUUGCUAGGGGACCCCAGGGAGGGGGUGCCACGGAGCAGCCCAGCUUGUCCCCAGUGCCCACCUUCUACUAGCCCAGCCUACUGGGGGGUGGCCCCUGAAACCCAUGCUCCCCCAGGGCUGCUCUGGGAUCUAGAUGCCCUCUUCCAGGGGGUGCCACCCAACAAAAGCAUCUACGAUGUGUGGGUCAGCCACCCCCAGGAUCCAACUGCUUCCAGCCCAGGCUGGCUACUCUCCUGGUACAGCCUGUGAGGCUCCCAGGGCAGGGGCUGCUUUCCUCUCCUACCUCUUCCUGCCACCACUGACUGGUUGGGCACCCAAGGCCAAGAGGACCCAUAGGUGCCUGCGGCCACAGCAGCCUUGAAACACCAGGUACCACCGGGAGCUGCGAAAUUUAUUGGACUACCCCACGAAGGGCCGGGGCCUGGCUAGGUACCACCCUGGCCCCCAGGGUCGGUCAUGCCUCUCCUACCCCCCGAGGCACUGCUGGAAAGAGUGGGGGCUUUGCUUGCAGUAGCCCCUUCCUGAUCCCACUUUCUCUGACCCUCUCUGUCCGUCCAUCCUUCCAUCCAUCCAUCCAUCACCAUGUGUCACUUCCUCUCCCUGACUCCACGCGGGGGGAGGGAGAACCUAACGGUGGCCCCAGCCUGUCCUGUCCUCCCUCAUCUGCCUGGGAAUGAGAUAGCACCUUUUUGGGGAAAAGAAAUCAAGACCCUACUAGUUUUGGGUGGUGGUAGUGGGGAAGAUAACAGUAAAGAAAUAGACAACAUUUUAA